AUGUGGCGAGUAGUGGUCGCGCGUUCCGACGACAACAGCACUCUGUUGUCGUCCGAGAUCACUUCCAGCGCGGUCGCGCCCAGUCACCUGUCCACGCAUUUGUCGGCGCCGCCGGCGGGUCAUCAUUGGGGUUAUCCGCCGCCACCGCCGCCGCAUCAUCCGUCUCCCUAUCAGCAUCCACCGACGCAGCACCCGGACAUGCGUCAUCAUCAUCACGACAUGCGUCCGCCCGCUCCUCACGAGCUACGUCACGCCGCCGUGUCUUCUGGAGACCUGCGGGGUCCGGAACUGAGACAUCCCGAGAUGCAGAGACAUCAGGAAGUGCAGAGACACGACCUCGCCAGGCACCAGGAUGUCAGACAUCAAGAGAUGCCCGGCAUGAGAUCGGACAUGUCGGAGUUACGGUCCAAUCACGAAUUUCUGGAGUUGAAAAUCGAGACGGAUUUGAGAAGUCAGGACAGUGGUCAGCAACAGCAGCAACCGCCGCAACAGACUCAGGGACAUCAACAAAGGAGUCUGAAGAGAACCAUGAGCGAUUCCGAUUGCGACGACGUGUUCUCGGAAGAGAGCGGCAAGGAACCAUGCAAUUCGCCCGGGGGGGACUCCUGUCAGCAAGCGUCGCGAAAACGCAGGAGAGGGAUGAUCGAAAAGAAGCGCCGCGACAGGAUCAACGCGUCCCUCGGUGAGCUGAGGAGGCUGGUGCCGGCAGCCGCGAGGGAUCCUCACAGCGGCAAGCUGGAGAAAGCGGAAAUCCUGCAGCUCACCGUCGAGCAUCUGCGCACGCUUCGUAAUAAGGGACCGGAAGGUUACGACAGUACGAAGCUAGCUAUGGAUUAUCACGCGGUUGGCUGGGGCGAAUGCGCUGCAGAAGUGGGUCGCUAUCUGGUGACCAUGGAAGGCCUAGACGAACGGGAUCCCCUUCGAUUACGCCUGCUGUCGCACCUACAGAGUUUUCACCGCGAACAUCCGCCGUCAGCCGUGCCGUCGGUUGUAGCACCUACGACGUUGACGUCUACCUCUUCUACCGUCAGUAGUUACGAACCACCACCGCCACCGCCUUCGAGCACAGUGUCGAGCGGAAUGCCACCGGGUCCAGGAACUAUGCCAUCCCUACUCGGUGGCUGGGGCCAAUAUCCGGGUCAGUAUCCCGGCCAGCAGCAGGGCAAACCUUAUCGGCCAUGGGGCGCGGAACUGGCGUACUGACCUUGAUGUCUCGGCGCACAAUCAGCGACGAUCAUAAUUUGUCUCUGGUGCAAAAGUGAUAAGCGACUGACAAAGUUUUAGAAAUUUUUCAACAACUUGAUGUUUUAUAUCAAGUAUUUUCUGAAUAUUUUUUUACUUUUGACUAGCAAUAUUAACGUACCGUUUUUCUUAUAUCAGUGAAAUAAAGAGAGAGAGGAUUUAUUUAUCUAAUAAAAUAUCUUUGGUUACGACAGAGUAGCGUUCGAUUCUCACAAAUCAAUAUCUACUAAUUUAAAUAUGAAUUGUAAUAUUUACAAUUAGUAGAUCAUUUAUUAGACGUACAAGCGGCGCGAUUUUUUGCGCGCGUGCACAAAACGUAGUUUGUACAGUAUUUUAUAAAUGUAUCUCA